GAGCCCCGUGCAGACCGCGGCGCGGGCCGGUGUCGGGGGGCGGGCGGGGAGGGGGUGCAGGCGAAGGGGAAAGCAGCCUCUGCGGCUGGAGUGGGGUCCGGGCGAGCAGAUUUCCUUAUCCGGGAAUCGCAGGCGGGGCGGCCAUUGGCUCCCGGGAUCACGUGGGGCCCUAACUUUGUUCACUUGACAGUAAGUAGGAGGGCUCUCGGAAACAGGAAAACGAGUCAGGGGUCGGAAUAAAUUUUAGUACAUUUUGUGGGCCAUUCCCAGAAAUUAAUGGCUAUGAGUUCCUUUCUGAUCAACUCAAACUAUGUGGACCCCAAGUUCCCUCCGUGCGAGGAGUACUCGCAGGGCGACUACCUGCCCAGCGACCCCUCGCCGGGCUACUACGGCGCCGGCGGCGGCCCGAGGCGGGAGGGCGGCUUCCCGGAGGCGGGCUUCGCGCGGCGCGCGCCGUGCCCGGGGCAGCGCUACGCGGCCUGCCGGGCCCCGGGGCCGCCGCCGCCGCCGCCCCCCGGGCUGUCCCCCCGGGCGCCCGCGCCGCCGCCCUCCGGGGCCCUCCUCCCGGAGCCCGGGCCGCGCUGCGAGGCGGCCAGCAGCAGCCCCCCGCCGCCGCCCUGCGCGCAGGACCCCCUGCACCCCAGCCCGUCCCGCUCCGCGUGCACGGAGCCCGUCGUCUACCCCUGGAUGCGCAAGGUCCACGUGAGCACGGUCAACCCCAAUUACGCCGGCGGGGAGCCCAAGCGCUCCCGCACCGCCUACACCCGCCAGCAGGUCCUGGAGCUGGAGAAGGAGUUCCACUACAACCGCUACCUGACCCGGCGCCGGCGCGUGGAGAUCGCCCACGCGCUCUGCCUGUCCGAGCGCCAGAUCAAGAUCUGGUUCCAGAACCGCCGCAUGAAGUGGAAGAAGGACCACAAGCUGCCCAACACCAAGAUCCGCUCGGGGGGCGCGGCGGGCGCGGCGGGAGGGCCCCCGGGCCGGCCGGGCGGAGGGCCCCCCGCGCUCUAGCGGCGCCCGGGCUGCGGGCUGCGGGCACGGACCCGGGGCGUGGAGCCGGGGAGCGCGGGGGAGACAGGAGGCGGGAGGAGGCCCCGGGGCCUGG